UCGAAUCAAUUACAAGACGCGGUCUCUGAGAGCACUGCAGUCUGAACUGGAGGGAACGAGGGAGGAGGAGGAGGAGGAGGAGGAAAAGUCAGAGAGGACGUGGACAUAUUUUUGACUCUUUCUCUAGACUUUUCAUUGCGGAUUAACGUGUGAACGGGAAGUUGUCCGCAGUGAUGGGUACUUCCCCAAAGACAUUCCUGCUCCUGGGAUGUCUCCUGACAGGACCAUGGCUAACUUUCUGCCAGCUUCCAUUGCCGACUGUUCUUCCGAAUAGAGAUGAAAUGGUCGUGCAACUGAAUGCCUCGUUUACUCUGAAAUGCUCUGGAGACAGCGAAGUGACCUGGCAAUACCCAAUGGCUGAAGGAAGCCACAGAAUAGACAUUAGAAAUGAAGAGAACAACAGUGGUCUCUUUGUGACUUUGCUGGAAGUGGGGAAUGCCUCAGCUGCUCAUACCGGAUUAUACACUUGUUACUACAAUCAUACUCAAGAGGAGGACGGGGAGGUGGAGGGGAAGGAUAUCUACAUCUAUGUGCCUGAUCCAGAUAUACCCUUCGUUCCUCUACUACCAGAGGAUCAAUUCAUCCUAGUAGAAGAUGGUGAUUCCACCAUUAUCCCUUGUCGUACAAGUGACCCUAAUGCUCAAGUAGCUUUAGUUAACAGUGAAGCCAAGGUCGUAUAUGCCUAUUAUGACAGCAAACAAGGCUUCCUAGGAAAUUUUCCUGCAGGCUCAUACACAUGCCAAACAACUGUUAAAGAAGUGGAGUUCAAGUCAGAUCAGUUUUUCAUCUACAUUUUGAAAGCUACUUCAGAGCUGCCAGUUGAGAUUGAGGCCCUUAAAACUGUAUAUAAAACAGGCGAAACGAUUGUUGUAACUUGUGUGGUCUUUGACAACGAGGUGGUUAAUUUACAGUGGAAUUAUCCAGGGAAAGUGAAAGAAAAAGGUGUGAUAAAAGUUGAUGACAUUAAAGUUCCCUCCCAGAAGCUGGUUUACACUUUGACCAUUCCUGAGGCUUCAGUGAAAGAUACCGGGGAUUAUGAAUGUACGGCCCGACAUGCAACCAAGGAGGUUAAAGAAAAUAAGAGAGUAGUCAUUACAGUUCAUGAUAAAGGAUUCAUUCAUCUGGACCCCCAAUUUAGCCCUUUGGAAGCUGUCAAUUUACAUGAGGUCAAAAAUUUUGUAGUGGAUGUGCAGGCGUACCCAGCUCCAAAAAUGUUCUGGCUAAAGGACAAUGUGACUCUGACUGAGAAUCUUACAGAGAUUGUUACCAGUUCAAACAAGAUCAAUGAGACAAGGGUCCAGAGUAUAUUAAAACUGAUUCGGGCCAAGGAAGAAGACAGUGGAGAUUAUACUUUGGUUGCUGAAAAUGGAGAAGAGACUAAAAGCUAUACUUUCUCAUUGCUAAUACAAGUUUCAGCUUCAAUUCUAAAACUGGUGGAUCACCACGGCUCUGGAGGGGGACAGACGGUCCAAUGCUUGGCACAAGGGACGCCUUUCCCUGACGUGGAAUGGCUGAUUUGCAAGGACAUUAAAAAAUGCAGUAAUGAUACCUCGUGGAUGCUUCUGACUAACAACAUCUCAAAUAUACACAUGGAGGCUCAUCGGGUUGAUAAGGACCAGGUGAAAAGCCAGGUGACCUUCCAAAAGGUAGAAGAAACCCUGGUAGUACGGUGCAUGGCGAGGAACACUCUUGGUGCCGUUACUCGGGAACUGAAGCUUGUGGCUCCUACAUUGCGAUCAGAAUUAACUGUGGCUGCAGCAGUCCUAGUGUUAAUAGUGAUUGUGAUUAUUUCACUGAUUGUCCUGGUCAUCAUAUGGAAACAGAAACCAAAGUAUGAGAUAAGAUGGAGAGUAAUUGAGUCUAUCAGCCCUGAUGGCCAUGAGUACAUUUAUGUGGACCCAAUGCAACUGCCCUAUGACUCAAGAUGGGAGUUUCCUAGAGAUGGAUUAGUACUUGGUCGAAUCCUUGGUUCAGGCGCGUUUGGGAAAGUAGUUGAAGGAACUGCGUAUGGAUUAAGUCGCUCUCAACCAGUGAUGAAGGUAGCUGUGAAAAUGCUGAAACCCACAGCUAGAUCCAGUGAAAAACAGGCACUAAUGUCUGAACUGAAGAUAAUGACACAUCUUGGGCCUCAUUUGAACAUUGUGAAUCUCUUAGGAGCUUGUACUAAAUCAGGUCCAAUUUACAUCAUUACUGAAUACUGCUUUUAUGGGGAUUUGGUAAACUACCUGCAUAAAAACAGGGAUAAUUUCCUGAGCCGACAUCCAGAAAAGCCAAAGAAGGACUUGGACAUUUUUGGGAUGAACCCAGCUGAUGAAAGCACAAGAAGUUAUGUCAUUUUAUCCUUUGAAAACAAUGGCGAAUACAUGGACAUGAAACAAGCUGAUACGACUCAGUAUGUGCCAAUGCUGGAACGGAAGGAGGGUUCUAAGUAUUCGGAUAUCCAGAGAUCAAUGUAUGAUCGGCCUGCUUCAUAUAAGAAAAAAUCUGUGUCAGAACCAGAAGUCAAAAAUCUGCUUUCUGACGACAAUUCUGACAGCCUCAGUUUGCUGGAUUUACUAAGCUUCAUGUACCAAGUUGCACGGGGGAUGGAGUUCUUGGCUUCUAAAAAUUGUGUGCACCGUGACUUGGCAGCUCGUAAUGUCCUUCUGGCUCAAGGAAAAAUUGUGAAGAUCUGUGACUUUGGUCUGGCUAGGGACAUCAUGCAUGAUUCCAACUAUGUCUCCAAAGGCAGCACUUUUCUCCCAGUGAAAUGGAUGGCACCUGAAAGCAUUUUUGACAAUCUGUACACAACAUUAAGUGAUGUCUGGUCUUAUGGCAUUCUGCUGUGGGAGAUAUUUUCUCUUGGUGGCACACCAUACCCUGGCAUGAUGGUUGAUUCUUCUUUCUACAACAAGAUAAAAAGUGGCUACCGAAUGGCAAAACCUGACCAUGCUACCAGUGAAGUGUAUGAGAUUAUGGUGAAAUGUUGGAACAGCGAACCGGAGAAAAGACCUUCUUUUUACCAUUUGAGUGAAAUUGUGGAGAAUCUGUUGCCUGGCGAAUACAAGAAGAGCUAUGAAAGGAUUCAUCUGGACUUCCUGAAAAGCGACCACCCAGCGGUCACACGCAUGAGAGUGGACUGUGACAACACCUACAUCGGUGUCACUUACAAGAAUGAAGACAAGCUAAAGGACAGGGAGAGUGGAUUUGAUGAGCAGAGGUUGAGCGCUGACAGUGGCUACAUCAUCCCCCUGCCCGACAUUGAUCCCGUCUCCGAAGAUGAACUUGGCAAAAGGAACAGGCACAGUUCCCAGACAUCUGAAGAAAGUGCCAUUGAGACUGGUUCAAGCAGCUCUACCUUUAUCAAGCGAGAGGAUGAGACCAUUGAGGACAUUGACAUGAUGGAUGACAUUGGAAUAGAUUCCUCAGACCUGGUUGAAGACAGCUUCCUGUAAUUCACAUGGAAUUAAUGGACAUCUUUGAACUAUGUCACAAGAGAAGCUCGCCAUGUGAUCUAAGGACUUUUUACUCUGUAGAGAAAACCACUUUAUUUCAAUGCAAAGGAUGUAAGGAAAGCAGAGAUUUGUUUCCAGCGCACAGAGGUCAUCCUGAAUAUGAAAGAGUGAGACAUGCUGAAGUCAGCUUUUCAGUGUUGCUUUUUGUAGUACUUCAGUAGCAUCUCAGUGGUUUUUGCAGUUUGAAUAGGUGGAAGGACAAAGGCCAUAAACAGACCAGUUUUGUGUUUCAAGGGCAUUCAUGACUCUGAUGGAUAGAAUUUCCACUGCAGCAAAACGUCAUCAUUGUAAUUAUGUAAAUAACUGUCUGCUCAAGGAUCUUUUGAGGUGUGCAUUGAAUAUAUUCUGUGGACUUAGAAGAGAUCACUCAAGAUUUCUGUGUACUUUGCCACUUAAUCUCAAUAUCAGCUGCUGCUGAACUAUCAUGUGAAUGAAGUACACGCAAAAACCACUUUUGAAACUUAAAGGUACUGGAACUACAUAACAUUUUACUUUUUACAGUUAAUGCAAAUAAAAGGGAAUAAUAAUAAUAAUUAAUUAAUUAAAAAGCCUUCUAUAAUAGGUGUUAGAAGCCUAGUGAGUCUUUAUAGAAGAUAGCUGUUUUAAUAAUACGACUAGUACUGUCAGUAACACUAACUGUAUAGUUUAUAACUCAUUGUCCUUCAGCAAAAGCACAGUUUUUAAAAACUUUAAAUAGGUAAAGAGAUUUAAGAUUCAAAAUGUUUAUAUGAAACAAUUGUUGUAUUUGACUGUAUACAAUAUGAUAAUGGCUCUGGUGAGCUAAAACUAGUUUCACAUGUAGAAAAGAAUUUUGUGUCUUCUAAAACGUGAAGAGUUAGUUUUCCAGCAUCGGAUGAGUGGCUUUCCUAAUAAGAUGUUCUAAAAACAAUUAAUCACCCUUUGAUUUACUGAGGUUUUUUACAUUUAAAGCUAUUUUUAAACCUUUCAUUAAUUUACACAUUGUUUCCCAAGUUACUGUAAAAGGGAAGUAUGACUAAUCAAUAGCAACAUCAUUGUUAGUGUUUAAAUAAUAAUUUGCGCAUCUGUUCAAAAGAGAGCUUAUUUUGGGGUCAAAUGUGAAUAACUGAUUUGAUAUUUGAACUGUUCUGGAAGCAAACAAGGUAGCCUUGUUUCUUAGCCUGAGACUCCAGAUUAAAUUUGCAGUCAUCAUUUUGCAACACAUGUUAUUAUCUUAGUUUUCAGGUUUCUAUAGACGCAGAGGAAGCUGGCUCUGUUAUCUUUACCAACCGUAACUAAGACAAGUCAUUGCUUUCAAGUGUGUUGGUUAUUUUGGUCUGACUCCUUUACUUAGAAAAGAGGGAGUACAAAAAUUUAAUCCACUCUUGGUUCUGCAAUACUUGUUUGUUGACAUCAUAUGUCUGUAGAAUGUGCUAUGAUUGCUGCUGUCACUAUAUGAUGUGUUAUUGAUACGUGAUGCUUUGGAAGUCUUACAGAUGAAAAUAAGAUACAUGCCAAUUAUGGGCCAAAUCCUGUUUGGUGCUCAGCUUUUAAACUCAGUAGGAGUUGAGUGCACUGAGCACCUCACAGAAAGUGCUCAGUACCGGAGAUGACACAAUCAACACAAAUGAGAUCCAAACUCAAAGCUUGUGUGGGAAUUUUUUUCCUAUUACAUGUGGAAGUGGGACCACCAGUGAGUGACUAAACAGAACAAAGUGAUUGGAUUCUGAAUAACAAAUUAAAACUAAACUUGAAGGACCAGUUAAGCCCUCAGAAAUGCUGUGCACCUCCUCUUGACUUUACUUAUUACGGAGAGUUGUGGGUGAGCAGAGGAGAGCAAAAUUUGGUCCCAAAUGUAGUACUGCCAUUAUUACAGAUAAAUCAGUGUAGGUUUGAAUUUCAGCAUUUCACAUAGCUAAGGCUACAUGCCAAACUAUGCAUGCAUGCAGUUAUGAAUGCAAAUGAGGCAUUUGCAAACAAAAGCCAGAUAAAUUCAAAUUGGAAGUAAGGCACAAAUUUUUACCAAGGAGGGUGAUUAACCACUGGAAAAAACUACGAAGGGAAGUGAUAGAUUCUCAAGCUCUUGAUGGCUUCAGAUCAAGUCUGGAUGUCUUUCUGGAAGAUAUGCUUGCAGUAAACUCAAACUAUUUUUUAGUCAAACACAAGUGAGUGGGCUCAACACAGGGGUAACUGGAUGAAAUUUAAGAGCCUGGGACAUACCGGAAGUCAAACUAGAUGACCUAAUUUUCCCAUCUUGCCUUAAACUCUUUGAAUCUAUGAAACACAAAUGGCCUAUUAGAUAGCUGAAGGGUCAUUUGCACUUCUUAUUUUGUGCCAGGGCUGAGCACGGGCACCUCUGGGCUUGCUAUGUCAGUUAUGAAAGUUAAAAAACAAUGCUUGAGCCCCGGUACCUAAUUGCUGGAGCCCCAGCACCUCUUUCAUUACAAAUUAAGGACUGGCCAAUUGAGACCACAAAUUUGUGUGUACUGUCACAUAACUUCAUGUUCAAAUUAGGCAAGCAUUUUUGUAUAUGACCCAUGUUUCAUCGUGUUUGAAAAUCAGGCCAUGUAGGUUCAGUGAUACCAAAAGAUAGGUCACGUAACAUUCUUAUAUUGUCUCCCUUCCUCUUGUUGGUUUCAUGCUGAAUCUCACAACACAUCUUGGGACUGGACCUAUGCUUUAAAUCGGCACCAAAACAUUUAUUGGCUAUCUAGUCCCAUUGCAAUCUUAAGCCCCUCAGUCCUGCGAUGAGUUGCAUGUAGAUGGAAGCCUGUUGUGCAGAACCCCAUUGAAGAAAGCGGAGCUCAGUGCCGGUGAAGGGGUCUGUCCAACCACAGCUCAUUGCAGGAUUGGGGCCAGAGAUACUCGCCUGGAAAAAAUUAUUUGGAUUGUAGUAUAAUGGGGAGUUGUUUUGUUUUAUGUUUUCAGCAUUGCAGAUUUUUUUUCUUUUAUGGCUUAAUUUUGAGAAGCCACCAGAAGAGAAAUUCCCAGUUCCUUCUGUAUAAUGACAAUCAAAACUUUCCUAUGAAACACAAUUUCUUAUUUUGAAUGGCCAAUCAAAUCCUUAAAAUUUGGGGUGCAACUUGUACAAAAUGGUCCUAUUAUAUGAUGAAGGACAUAAGAUAUGGUGAUGUUAUACAUCAAUAUGUAUAUAUGUAUUUUUAUAUAGACUUCUAGGAUACUGCCAAAACAUUUAUGACAAGCUGUAUCACUGCCUUUCUUUAUAUUUUUUUAACUGUGAUAUAAUCCACAGGCACGUUAACUGUUGCACUUUUGAAUGUCCAAAAAUUAUAUUUUAGAAUAAUAAAAAAAAAGUAAGUGUUUCCAAA